CAAUUAAUUUGUUUGUGUGUGUGUGUGUGUGUGUGUGUAGGUCAGGAGCAGAAGGAGAGGGAGGCGGAGCUUCACUCCCCCACACACAUCGACGUGGACCGGAAGAUUUCCUUCUGGGCGAAGUUUCUGGAACUUCAGUGGAAGAUGCUGACGGUCAAACAGGAAGACUCGGAGCACAAAUACAGCUCCGCCCCGCUGGAGUGGAUCACCAUGGAAACCAACAUCGCAUACUGGCUGCACCCCUCCACCAAUGCUCAGAUUCAUCUGAUUGGUAACCCGGUGUCAUGGGGCGUGGCCAGCCUCAGCCUGCUGGCCUAUCAGCUGCUGGCUGCCGUCUACCUGCUGAGGAGGAGGCGGGGCUUCAAAGACCUGCCGGAUGCUGCGUGGUCUCGUUUCCUCUCUCUGGGAUGUGUGUGUGUCGGAGGUUUUCUGGUGAACUUCGUCCCCUUCCUGCUGAUGGAGAAGACCCUUUUCCUGUAUCACUUCCUGCCCGCCCUCUGCUACCUGCUGCUGCUCGGCCCCCCCCUGCUGGAGCACACACACACACACCUGCUCAGUGGGACCCCCCGCAGGGUUCUGUGUGUGUGUGUUCUUUUCGUCCUGCUCUCUGUCUUAUUGGCGUUCCGGACCUUCUGCCCUUUGACCUACGGCAGCCCAGAGCUCUCGGCCAAUCAGCUGCAGGCUCUCAGGUGGAGAGGCUCAUGGGACAUCCUGUACCGCCGCCGCUAGCCUGUCCCUGAACGCAGCACUGCUAGCCUGUCCCUGAACGCAGCACUGCUAGCCUGUCCCUGAACGCAGCACUGCUAGCCUGUCCCUGAACGCAGCACUGCUAGCCUGUCCCUGAACGCAGCACUGCUAGCCUGUCCCUGAACGCAGCACUGCUAGCCUGUCCCUGAACGCACCACUGCUAGCCUGUCCCUGAACGCAGCACUGCUAGCCUGUCCCUGAACGCAGCACUGCUAGCCUGUCCCUGAACGCAGCACUGCUAGCCUGUCCCUGAACGCAGCACUGCUAGCCUGUCCCUGAACGCAGCAUGGAUCUUCUAAUGAGACUGUGAUAUUUAAUGUAAAGUUUGAUAGUUUUAAAGAAUCUGUGAACAAAGAAUGUGAAUAAAGUUUUUUUUAAA